AUGUUCAAACGCUCGUUCUCCUCCAAGCACCGGACAAGAAAACCCGUUAAAACCACCAAAAAAAAGUACGACAAGGAAGUCAAAGAGAAGAUGGAGCGGAACGUGGAGUAUGAUCUUGCAAGAACAAGCGAAAGUCCUCUCAACAGUCUCAUUGUUGUCGUCACCGUUGGAAAGGAAAAGCGCAUUUUCCACGCCCAUGAGGAUGUCUUGACGGUCUCGCCCCAGUUCUAUGAUGAACUGAGAGACCAGAACCCCGACGAGAACGGUAACAAGAAGCUGAGCUUGCCAGAUGAAGAGCCCGAGAUCUUCUCCUGCAUCAUGCAGUUCGUCUAUCAGGGCGACUAUUAUCCGCGCCUCUUCCGCAGCAAACGAACCACCCACUGGUAUCUCGAGAAUGCGACUGAGACCGAUGACUUGAGCUCCAGCGAGCCCACCUUGUUCCAUCGCGGCUUUGGGAAUUUCUUGAUGAGAGACACCGUGGUGUACUGUGCGGCUGUCAAGUACGGUCUGGGACGCCUGAAAAGCCUUGCUCUUCAGAAGCACGCCCUUCAGCUGGGUCUUGAACCCGAAGUGAUCCUGCGCUCCGCACUUUACGCGCAGAACAACCUUCCCACCACAGACGAAGGACUGCCUGCGUGGCACCUCUCCUACAUCGUCCGUCAUCGCCACGACUUCAAGGAGUGUGCGAUGCUGUCGAGGGAGAUGGAGAAGGGGGGCGGCAUGUUUUUCGGUCUCUUCGUGGCCAUGUGCGAGCGCAUGGAUGAGCUCGAGUCGACGCGGUACGUUUAG